AUGUCCUCAUCAGGCUCCCGAAAGGCGGAGACCAUGCUGUCUGAGCCUGACGAGCCAUGGGUCUGCCUGCAACACGACGGCAAGACAUUUAAGGAAAUGCUGCUCAAGGAGCAAGAUGGCGACGAGAAAGAAGCCAAGGAAUGCGCUCGGAAUGCGGCCGAGGUGCUCAAGGGGGCCCAAGAUGAGGGAUUCAUCUCCCACUCGUGGUGCCUUCGCUCGGCGUGGAACGACGCCCUCGUCCACAAAGCCCUCCGGAAAGACAGGCGGCCAUGCGUACUCGGCGUCACCCUCUCCAUUAAUGCCGUCCUGAUUCUCCUCUCUGUGCUGGCAUCACUGACAAAUUGUCACAAUCUACAAGUGACGCUGACAUGUCUGCGACACUUCACGAUGGCAAUGCUGUAUUCUGCCACAGCGUCCUGGGCCACGGGAUUUCUCUCGCUGUCGGCGCUCAAGGCCAGCGUUGUAAAGAAGUUUGAGGUGCUAGAUCUGCUGCUGGAGCUGGCUGUCCUAAAAGCAGUGAUCCUACUCGUCGCCUUUUUUGUCUGCAUUUGCCAUGUGGGUGCCGGCAUCAUGGUUUACCCCGCGGCACGGCGACAGGCACAUUUCGUGCUGCCCCUGCAGCUGCUCGCAGACGUGGCGCGGGCGAAAGCACUUACAGGAGCCGUCGUGCUGACCGUUUGGUCGGUGUACCUCAUGGCGACCGAUAUCAGGACCACCUUUUGUGCCGUGAGACAUCUCUGCCGGGAGUUGUGUGAGGCCAGGAAACGAGGCCGCAUUACGCCUCCGUUUCGAGGAAUGUCCUUUCAGAAAUUCCUCGCGUCUAUGGCACGCUCUGUGCUGAAACGCAUUGUCGUCAUCUCCUGCGGAAUGGUGCUUUUGCUGAUGAUCUUCAUGAUAUCCCCGGGAGGAGUUCUCUCUUCCCCUGUGGCUCCAGCAGCGAACGGCGGCACCUAGCAAGUUGGGCCAGACAAAUACACCGACGAGCGGACAUCGUGAUAUCUUAAAUGAUGGCUUAGACAGCUUAGACUUCUAGAAUACCGUCACGAUCUGCCCAAAAUUCCUCUUGAAAUUUGACAAUAUAUUCCAACUCUUCGGCAAGAUUAAAAUUAAUACCCUCGCGCAUUAUUCAUCUUGGAUCGGCGUUACAGCCCUGGACUGUUAAAACCAUCCCCCUGGAGGCUUAGAUAUGACCUGGAGCUGUGGUCAAAAUAAAGGACGGAUGCUUCUCGUA